AUGCAGCUGGGCCGAAUGGACACCGUCUGUGCCCAUUGUGGAGCGCUGCGCUGGCGUGCCGAGCCCGCAGGCGCCUGUUGCCAUCAGGGCAAGGUGCAGCUUGACUUCCAUCCCCCGCCGCCGGACGAGAUGGUGGAGCUGAUGACCCCCGGCACGGCGUUCUAUGACGAGUUUCGGGGCAAAAUUCGCGCUUACAACACGGCCUUCCAGCUGGCCAGUAUGGGGUGCAACGUCGUCCGACACGACGGGGCGUAUCACGCGGCUUUCACCGUUCAGGGUAGCGUGUGUCAUCGUAUGGGAUCUCUACUGCCCGCUCGCGGCGGCGAGGAGCAGUUCAUGCAGGUGUAUUUCCUCGACGCAGACGAGGCCACCGCGCGACGUGCCACCAUGUGUGGCGGCCUCGACAGAGCCGUUCUCGACAUCCUUUUGGGCAUGCUGCACGAGCACAACAACUACGUGCGUGCGCUCCAGCCGGCUCUGCUGAUGGCGCGCGGUGUGCCGAACUGCCGGAUCGUGUUGUCGGCCGAACACCGGCCGCUGUCGGAGCACGAGCGCCGGUUCAAUCUACCGAUCGGUCGCGAAGUGGCGGUCCUGAUGCCCAAUGAGAUGGGGGGCCGGCGCGACAUCGUCGUUCGCGAGCGCGGCGGACAACUGUUCCGCAUCGACGAACUGAGCCGCCAGUACGACCCGCUGCUCUAUGUGCUGCUGCACCCGCGCGGCACGGACGGGUGGUCGCUCGAGCUGAAGGCCGAGCGCGGCGUCACAAUCCGUCAGUAUGGUGCGUUCCACAUGCGCUUCCGACCGGGUCAUUUCAAUCUCAUUCCGCGAGGGGGCCGGCUGUUUCAACAGUACCUGGUGGACACUGAGGCAAAAGCUGAGUCGAGUCGUCUGUCGUAUGUGCGCGCGAACCAGGACGGCUUCAACGGCUUCCGCGCCGAGACCAUCCGCGGCGUGCGAGACGCGCUGGCUGACGGCGAGGAGCACGGCCGAGCCGUCGGACGGCGCGUGGUGCUGCCGGCAUCCGUAACGAGUAGUCCGCGCUUCAUGAUGGCCAAACUACAAGACGCUCUCUGCUACGUUCGAGACUUUGGCGCCGCCGACUUUUUCAUCACCGUGACGUGCAACCCGGCCUGGCCAGAGAUUGAGCAAACUCUGCGCACCCUCUACCCGGGAGAGAGGCCGGGCGACUACGAUCGGCCGUGCGACCACCCUGACGUUGUCAGUCAGGUGUUUGACCUCAAGCUGCAGGCGCUGCUGAAGCAGCUGCGGGGCGGCAUCCUGGGUCGACAGCGGGCCAUUCUGCACACGAUUGAGUGGCAGAAGCGUGGCCUGCCGCACGCUCACCUUCUGCUGUGGGUCGUGCCCGCCGACAAACCUCGCGCCGAAGACGUGGACACGUGCGUGUGCGCUGAGCUGCCAGAUCCCGAGACCGAUCCGGAACUGCACGCGAUCGUCUGCACCAAGAUGGUGCAUGGUCCGUGCGGCGCGCUGAACCCGCAGGCGGUCUGCAUGAAGGACGGCCGCUGUAGCGUCGGCUAUCCGCGCCCGUAUCUGGAGGCCACAGAGCUGCCAGAGCGCAGCUAUCCCAAGUACAGGCGGCGCGCGCCGGAGGACGGCGGUCAACGUGCGCGGACGCCCGGACGGCGCGGUGUGGAAAUCGACAACCGCUGGAUCGUUCCCUACAAUCCGCACAUCCUUCGCGCGCUGGACUCACACGUCAACGUCGAGCUGAUCACGCACGCGAUGGGAGCGAUCCGCUACUGCAUCAAGUACGUCACCAAGGGCUCGGAUAGGAUCAUGUUCGCCGUGCAGCCCGACGGCGUGGUUGACGAGGUGACCCAGUAUCAGAACAGCCGGUACCUGGGAUCCAUGGAGGCAGCGUGGCGGCUGCUCGACCGACCAGUCCACGUCCAUCAUCCGCCGGUCCAGCGGCUGCAGCUGCAUCUCGGUGACGACGAGAGACGUGUCGUGUUCCGCGGCGACGAAAACCUGGAAGCGGUCAUCGCGGGCGAGCAGGCUAAUCCAUCCAUGCUCACAGCCUUCUUUGAGCUGUGCCAGCGUGACGCGUUCGCGGCGACACUCCUCUACCCAGAGGUGCCGCGAUACUACACGUGGCAGACUAAAAAAUCCCAGCACACGGACCACCAGCCGUACCACACGACUGACCACAGGAGUAUCUGA